AUGAGUGUUUAUAGUAUUCCAAAGUCAUCGUACAUAGUUUUUACUGAAUUUCAAAAUAUCAAAGGUAAUGUAGUGACUUCAAAAGGUAAAAAAUUUGAAAUUCUUGGUUCAACAAAUAUUGUUGCUAUUUAUUUCAAUUCCACAGGAAAUAUAUCAUUAUAUACAGAAGAAUCAUCUCCACAAGCAUGUAAGCUCGUUCAUUAUAGAGAUUUUUCACCAAAUUGCACUAAAAUCAUUACAAUUUCCGGACCAAGAACAUAUAUAAUGGAUGGUAAAUAUGGUGAAAACAGUUGCCUUGUAACAGCAUUUUCACUUGGUUAUAUUCAAACAAUAGAAUUUGGAGCAAUGAAUUCUUCAUAUUACGGAGCUGAUGGUAUUGAUCAAUACACAUUCUUCAAAAUAUUUUUCUUCUCUGCUCAAUAUACAAACUUCACUCCAUUAUAUCCAAAUGAGAAUGUUUCUCUAAAAUACGAAAUCAAAACUACGAAUGAAGAUCGUUCAUUGAAGUAUACAAUAGAAGAUGACUCAGAUUAUAAGGCAUAUUACCUCACAGAAAAGUCCUUCAAGAAACUAAGGACUGGCGAAGAUAACACUGAUAUAGAAAUGAGCACAAUCAUUUGGAUGAGCUGUAUGAUUGUUGUUGUUAUUUUAUGUAUUGUUGGUGUUGUUGUUCUUUAUGUUUUCCUCAGAAAACGUCGCCCAGCUCAUUCCCGACAUGAAGAUAAAGAAGAGCCAACACAACCAACAACAAAUGGUGAAUCUAGCCAAGAGAAAUAUUCAGAACCUCUUGUUGAUAAUGCUGAUCAGGUAUAA